AUGGAUACCUUAAAACGCAGGCAUCCUGGGAUGCCUGACUACCAAGGAUCUCUGGAACCUGAGUAUAGUGACGAUAAACUUUACAAACCGACGCGGCAACAGUCCGGCAACAAGUGGUUAGGUUUACCAAAAGAAUACCGGGAUGAAGCUCUAGCAAUUUUGAAAGAGUACCAUGACGAUAUUAUUCCUAUUGCAUUAACUCUAAUAUCGUUUUGGACGCGAUUUUAUUUAAUAUCUUACGCAAAUUUUGUUGUGUGGGAUGAGGCGCAUUUUGGAAAGUUUGGCUCCUACUAUAUCAAACGUGAGUUCUACUUUGAUGUCCAUCCACCGCUUGGGAAAAUGCUGGUUGGCUUGGCUGGUAUAUUGGCUGGUUACGAUGGUCGAUUCAGCUUCAAUUCUGGCGAGGCUUAUCCUGAUUCUGUGAACUACGGAUUUAUGCGAUUGUUUUGUGCUUCGUUUGGAGCAUGGAUGGUGCCCCUGACCUACUACACUGCAAAAGAGUUGGCAUUUUCGAUGCAGGCCACUGUUCUUGUGACUUUGAUGGUUCUAUUAGACACCGCUUACCUAUGCAUAAGUAGAUUUAUUCUUUUGGAUUCCAUGCUGUUAUUCUUUACUCUAACUUCGGUAUUCUGCUUGACAAAGUUCCAUAAUCAGCGUAAUGAGUCAUUUUCUUUGGACUGGUGGUUAUGGCUUACUUUAACUGGAAUUUCGAUCGGAUGUGUAUCAAGCGUCAAAUGGGUUGGCCUUCUUGUCACAGCAUUAGUCGGUUUAUAUACUAUUGAAGAUCUAUGGGAUAAGUUUGGAGACUUCCACAUGCCAAAGCCGGUUUAUUUAAAACAUUGGAUUGCUCGUAUCGUGUGUCUGAUCGUCCUUCCAGUGGCAGUAUACAUGCUUUGCUUUGUAAUUCAUUUCGCAAUUUUGAACCACAGCGGACCUGGUGAUGCACAGAUGAGUUCAUUAUUUCAAGCGGGUCUGGAGGGAAACGAUUUUCAUAGCAAUCCAUUGGAAGUGGCAUAUGGAUCGAAAGUGACCAUAAAGAAUAUGGGAUACGGCGGAGGACUUCUUCAUUCGCAUGUCCAGACGUAUCCGCAGGGAAUUGGAUCAUCACAGCAACAAGUCACUUGCUAUCACCACAAAGAUUCUAAUAAUGAAUGGCUCGUUAAAAAACCGCGAGAAUCACCAAUGUCAGAAUCAGAAAUAGAAGUAGAUUUUGUCAACAAUGGUGAUGCUAUUCGAUUAUUACAUGGUCCGACAGGAGCAAACCUUCACAGCCAUCCAAUUAAAGCACCAGUUACUAAAUCUCAAUGGGAAGUCAGUUGUUAUGGGAACGAUACAGUUGGAGAUCAUCAUGAUUAUUGGAUCGUAGAGAUAGUAGACGACUUGAACGAGAAGCAUGUCGAACGAAUACGGUCAUUGACAACUCGAUUUCGAUUACGGCAUAAAGUUCUCGGUUGCUAUUUACGUGCUGCUAACACUGUUUUACCUCAGUGGGGCUUUAAGCAGAUUGAAGUCACUUGUGACAAAAGGAAUAACAUAGAAGAUCCUCAUACUCAUUGGAACAUUGAGCGGCAUUGGAAUGAUAAACUACCUGCUGCUCCUGCAGCCAAUUACAGAUCAAAGUUUUUGUAUGACUUUUGGCAUUUGAAUGUUGCAAUGUAUACGUCAAACAAUGCUUUGAUUCCCGAUCGUGACAAGGAAGACAUUCUCGCGUCAACUCCAGAUCAAUGGCCAUUGCUUACAGUUGGAUUGAGAAUGUGUGGUUGGGCUGACGAUGCCAUCAAGUUUUAUUUGCUGGGAAAUCCUAUAGUCUGGUGGUCAGGAACAGCAUCCUUAGCAUUAUAUGCGGUUAUGUUGUUAUUUUAUAUGGCCAAUGGAAUCACUUUCUUUAUGUUGGCAAGAUAG